GUUUAACUCAACAACAAAAAGAACAGGAAAAUUUACUAAAAACCCACUUGGAAUCACUGAGUAAACAACAAAAAACUAGUAGUGAGAGCCAAGAAAAAUUGCUCCAAUUAAGGUUAGAUUCCUUCGGGCAAGAAUUAAAAUCGAGCAAAGAAGCUUUAAGUCAAAUUAAUAAUCUCUUACUUACUCCUUUUAAACGAGGUCGGUUAGGUAAUAUUCAACUAGAUCGUUUACUAUCGCUUUACUUACCCAAAGAUGAUAGAAUUUAUCGUUUAGAAUAUACCCUCAAAAAGAAAACAGCCAAAGGCGAGGGUUUACGACCGGAUGCGGUUAUUUUUGGGAUUGAACAAAAGAACAAUUUGGCUAUCGAUAGUAAAUUUCCUUUUGAAAAUUAUCUCUCGGCCGGACAAGAGGGUCUUUCUCCAAUCGAGGAAGAAGAACGAACUAAAAAGUUUAAGGAAAACUUAAAAACCCACAUUAAAAAAAUUGCCGAGUAUAUUUCACUGCUAGACCAUACCAAACAUGUAAUCAUGUUUAUUCCUAGCGAGGUAGUUUUUGCCAAGAUUAACGAACAAAGUUAUUACGACAUAAUUGAAUUUGCUCUGGCUAAGAAAGUUUCUUUGUGUUCGCCAGUUACUUUGGCUAUCAUUGUCAACCAAGUUUUAUGGACUAACCAAAUUCACGAACAAUACCAAACUAUGGAUCAAUCUAAUAAGGCUUUACAAGAGUUCAAUACCAGUGUGGAAAAAAUUGUCAAACACGGAGAAAAAAUUCGGGAAGUUAAGACUGUUCCCAACUUAGUUCAACCGGCCGAACCUUUAGCUUCUUUGCCAGAAAAGUAA